AUGGGGUCUAAAAGAUUUCUUGGUGUUCUGUUUGUGAUAUUAAUGGGGUUUCUCAGCACAUCUCAAGCUUACAAUUUCUUUGUCGGUGGCAAAGAUGGCUGGGUAUUACACCCUUCUGAGAAGUACAAUCACUGGGCUGAAAGAAAUAGGUUUCGAGUCAAUGAUACUCUCUCUUUCAAAUACAAGAAAGGAUCUGACUCGGUCUUGGUCGUGACAAAGGAACAUUACUAUGCAUGCAACACCACCAGUCCGAUGCAGACCUUAGCAGACGGCCACUCAAUCUUUACGUUUGGUCGUUCGGGUCCAUUUUUCUUCAUCAGUGGCAGUGGCAAAAACUGCCAAAAGGGCCAGAAGCUCAUCGUCGUUGUAUUGGCCGUGCGAAACAAAACUCGCCACUCUUCUCUGCCUUCUACUUCUCCCGUGCCCGAGCCAUCUGCGUCGCCAUCCCCGGCCGCUGACACUCCGGCAUCGCCUGAGAGCCCGAAAGGAGAGUCACCAGGUAGUGGGUCACCUAAGCCCAGUGAGAGUCCGUCGGAUUUUGAGUCUCCGUUACCAUCUCCAUCAGCAAAAUCUGGUGCACCUGGUCGUGCAGCUGGUUCGGUUGGGUUGGCUUUGGGUAUUAGCAUUGGAGUGAGUGUGGUGUUAAGCAGUUUUGUGGGAAUGGUUUAG